CCUAUACGUGGAACAUUAAGUAUGGAUCACUCAAGAGCCGCGAAUUCUCAUUACAAGUUCAAACUCAUGCCCGAGUUCUUCGUAAAUUACCAUGAAAUCGCCAGACAAAGCCCAGACUCGAAGGUAACAACCCAACCGAGUUUCGGCCUUAUCGACCAACCCUACAGCGAACCAACCAGUACCAAGCUCGACGCAGAACCCAAGAAGCCGUGGGAACGAUUCGCAGCCUACAUAAACCAACUAAACGCAGAAAAUUCAGGCAACGUGACCUACAAGGUUUUCUACCUAACUAGACACGGGCUCGGUGUACACAAUGUCUUUGAAGCAAAGGUCGGCAGAGAAGCAUGGAAUAACUACUGGUCCCAUCUCGACGGAGAUGGUACUAUCUCUUGGGUGGAUGCAAAGCUCACAGAAGAUGGCGUCCAACAAGCGGAAGUACUGGGCCGAUUCUGGGCGGAUGCUGUGACUACAGAGAAGGUACCACUUCCAGGGUCGCGGUACACGAGUCCCCUGGCGCGAUGUCUUGAGACUACGCGGCUCGUGUUCUCUAAACCUAUGGGACAAUUUGGAGAGCAGUUUGAGCCUGUAGUGAAGGAGCUGUUGAGGGAGCGUUUAACAGAUCAUACGUGCGAUAAGAGAAGUACACGGACAUGGAUUGAAGGCCAGUAUCCUUCUUACUUAAUUGAGCCUGGGUUCUCAGAAGAAGAUCUUCUGUGGAAACCAGAUCGGUGGGAGUCUGUUGAGGAACAUGUUGCGAGGAAGCAGAAGGCUCUUGAGGAGAUUUUUACCCAAGAUUGUAGUCCGUUUAUUUCUCUGACUGUCCAUUCGUAUGCGAUUUCGGCGAUUCUUAGGGCUUGUGGGUAUGAGGAGUUUAGAGUCCGGGAGGGUUCGACGAUUGCCGUGUUAAUUCGUGCGCAGAGGGUUGUUUGA